AUGGAAGGUCAAAGUUCGAGUCAAAAGGUGGUGUUGGUUCACGAUGCCUCCGGAGGUGUCAGAAUGAAUGCUGUUAGUUGGAUUCUUGAUGGAUUUGAAUUGAAGGAUGGGGAUAUGUUUGUUUUUCUUUCUGUUCUUCAUCAAAUCCACCAUCCUAUGGGUUACAAAAUCCGAGUGGAUAGUUCGAUGUUUGGAGGAGCAAACCAAAAGGCUAUCGAUGAGGAAGUUGCUAGGAAGAAGAAAGAGCACGAGGACAAUUUGGAACUUGUUCAACUCUCAACACUAUAUGAAAUGCAAAAGAUCAAUUUCAAGAUCGAAUUGGUGACUGGGCCUAUACCCAAGAAGGCAGCCGUAGAAGCAAUCAAGAAAUUUGACGCAACAUGGAUAAUUCUUGAUAGGAGAAUGAAGAGAGACAGAAAGUAUUUCCUAGAGAAGCUUUCAUGUGGGAUAUCAAGAAUGAAGCACAAUGACGAUAUAAUAAAAAUACGAGGACCAAAGUUGUCAAUGGCUCAAAGUCCGAGGAUGCCUCUGUCAUAUGGCGAUAUGUUACCAGUCGACCACAAAAUUUCGACUAAGCAACCACAAAACGAUGAAGAUUUAUUCAGCAUCGAAUUUGAUUCCUCACAUGCAAGUUCCGCGAGCACAAGAACUAGCAUUAGUGACGGUUUACUAAGCAUCGGGAAUAAUAAUGACGACAAAGUACAACUAUCAACUCUUCUAGAAGCAUUCGGAGAAGAACAAGAACAAGAGAAGUCUCCUCAAAUUGAAACACUGCCGAUAGUACAAGUUGAUCAGAAGAAAUGUACAACUUGCAACAGCACAAGGCCAACAAGUUUGUGGAAAACUAGAAACUUCCUCUAUUCAGAGCUCAUCGAUGCCACAAACCGAUUUUCAUCUGAAACUUUGAUCUAUCGAGGUGAAAACGAAGCCGUUUUUUAUGGAACCUUGAAAGACACUAAACUCAAUGUCAUCGUUAAAGAACAAAAAGAUGUUAGAAAAUACAAGUCGGAAAUGCAAGCACUUGAAAAAACAAGAAAUGAGAAUGUGAUCAUGUUGUUAGGAACUUGUUUGGAGAAAAACGUGAGACUACUUGUCUUCGAGUUCGCAUGCAAUGGUUCACUUGAUCAACAUUUGUCACAUCAAAGCGCUAGACCAUUAACGUGGGGUGAAAGGAUAAAAAUUGCGAUUGGUGCAUCAAAAGGGUUGUGCCAUUUACACGAGAAUAACAUAAUCCAUGGUGAUGUAAGGCCGAAGAACAUAUUCUUGACACAUGACUUUGAACCUCUAAUUGCAGGGUUUGGGCUAGCAAGAAUGGAAAAAGAGCCACAAAAUGACCACUUUAUAAUAGGUACAUUCGGCUACGUGGCACCAGAAUAUACAGAAAGAGGAAAAGCCACUAGGAAAACAGAUGUUUUUGCAUUUGGAAUCGUUUUAUUGGAGCUUAUUACAGGUCGAAGUCCCACAGAUACGAGACUCAAAGGCCAAAAUUUUCUAAAUUGGGCUAUUCCACUUGUAAUGGAAAGGAAAUUUUCUCAUUUGAUUGAUCCUGGAAUUGCGUAUCACAACGAUCAAUUCAUGAGUAUAGUACAACUCGCAGUGAAUUGUAUAUGCGAUGAUCCACAUAUAAGAUUACCAAUGGACGAGGUGGCGUUCACACUGGAUUACAUCAAAGGCGAUGAAAUCCAACGGUCAGACGAGAUUGAAGAGGUUAAUAAUGGAAAUGUGGAAACUAUUACUGGUUAUGGUCAAGGUCAACUCAGGACUCCUUAUAAAAAAGUCAACUUUUAUUUCGGUGGAAUGACCCCUGUGCCCAAACAGGCGAAGCAUUUUUACCAAGUUGGACAACUAUAA